AUGACGCAUCCUGCAGACAAAGAUCCAGACAUUGAGCUGUUCGUGAAGGCAGGAAGUGACGGCGAGAGCAUUGGGAACUGUCCGUUUUCUCAGCGUCUCUUCAUGAUCCUGUGGCUGAAGGGCGUGGUCUUCAACGUCACCACGGUCGACCUGAAGAGAAAACCCGCGGACCUCCACAACCUGGCGCCCGGGACACACCCUCCGUUCCUCACGUUUCAGGGAGAAGUCCUCACUGAUGUCAACAAAGUGGAAGAAUAUCUGGAGACCAUGCUAGCUCCUCCAAAGUAUCCAAGACUGGCAGCUAGAAACCGAGAAUCGAACACAGCAGGGAAUGACAUCUUUGCAAAGUUCUCAGCGUAUGUGAAGAACACCGACCCCAACAAACACAAAGCUCUGGAGAAGAAUCUGAACAAGGCUCUGUCUCAGCUGGACGAGUUCCUGAUCAGUCCUCUGCCAGACGAAGACGUCCGCGGCCACGAGUCCAACCGCAAAUUCCUGGACGGAGACGAGCUCACGUUGGCCGACUGCAACCUUCUCCCCAAACUGCACGUCGUCAAGGUGGUGGCAAAGAAGUACAGAAACUACAACAUCCCGUCGGAGUUCAGGGGGGUCCUGCGUUACCUUAGCAACGCCAACAGCAAAGAUGAGUUCACCAACACGUGUCCCGCCGACGCAGAGAUCGAACUGGCCUAUCAGGACGUGGCCAAGAGACUGGGGAAGUGA